AUGGCUGCAGCAAGUGAGGAUACGCUGACCAAAGUGUCAACCGAGGCUGCGACAGAGUUCGUCAAGACCUUCUACCCGGCUCUGGGGCUGAAUCGCCAGUCUCUCGGCUCCUAUUACUCCCUGGAACCCACCACAAUCAUGUUCAACGGAAACGCCCUCGCAGAUGGCGCUGCUGUUCAGGAAGUCUUUAUGAACCAAAUGUCGCCCGCACACUACGAGGUCCAGUCCUACGAUUGCCAGAUUAUCAACAAAGCAUACCCCACCGUUUUGCCGGGUGGUGGACUGAAGCCGCAGUCAGAGAUGGGAGUCAAGGAUAUGUCGAUACUUGUCGUGGUCAGUGGAUUUGUGCGUUACGGAGAGGGUCGCGAUCGCCCGCAGCGAGGGUUCAGUGAGACGUUUGUGCUGGUCCCCAAUCCAUCCGCGGAGCGGGCGAGAGGUCGCAAGGAUUGGCUCAUUCAAAGCCAAAAUUUCCGCCUUGUCGUAUGA